GGGCUCCGCGCGCGCGGGCCAUGUCCGCCUUCUGCCUGGGCUUGGCCGGCCGCGCUUCAGCACCCGCAGAGCCGGACAGCGCCUGCUGCAUGGAGCUGCCCGCCGCGGCCACGGACGCAGUCGGGAGUCCAACCGCCGCCGCCCUCAUCUCCUUCCCCGGGGGCUCCGGGGAUCUGGAACUGGCAUUAGAGGAGGAGCUGGCGCUGCUGGCGGCCGGCGAACGGCCCUCCGACCUCGGCCAGCAUCCUCAGGCCGAGCCCGGGCCUCCGGCCGAAGGGGCCGGACUACAGCCGCCCCCCGCCCAGGACCCCGAGCUGCUGUCGGUGAUCCGGCAGAAGGAGAAGGAUCUGGUGUUGGCAGCGCGGCUGGGCAAGGCGCUGCUCGAGAGGAACCAGGACAUGAGCCGGCAGUACGAGCAGAUGCACAAGGAGCUGACAGACAAGCUGGAGCACUUAGAACAAGAGAAACACGAACUAAGAAGACGAUUUGAGAACCGAGAAGGGGAGUGGGAAGGGCGCGUAUCUGAGCUGGAAAGUGACGUGAAACAGCUUCAGGAUGAAUUGGAGAGGCAACACGUUCAUCUGCGGGAAGCAGAUCGAGAGAAAACUCGGGCCGUCCAGGAAUUAUCAGAACAGAACCAAAGGUUAUUGGAUCAACUUAGCAGGGCAUCAGAAGUUGAGAGACAGCUCUCCAUGCAAGUCCAUGCCCUCAGAGAAGACUUCCGGGAGAAAAGCUCAUCAACCAACCAGCAUAUCAUCCGGCUGGAAAGCCUUCAGGCCGAGAUCAAGAUGCUGUCAGACCGGAAACGGGAGCUUGAGCAUCGCCUCAGUGCCACCUUAGAGGAAAAUGACCUGCUCCAGGGAACCGUGGAGGAGCUGCAGGACCGGGUGCUGAUCCUGGAGAGGCAGGGCCAUGACAAAGACCUGCAGCUGCAUCAAAGUCAGCUGGAGCUCCAGGAGGUACGGCUCUCCUACCGACAGCUGCAGGUGAAGGUGGAAGAGCUCGCUGAGGAGAGGAGCCUGCAGAGCUCCGCCGCCACCAGCACGUCCCUGCUGUCUGAGAUAGAGCAGAGCAUGGAGGCCGAGGAGCUGGAGCAAGAGAGAGAGCAGCUGAGACUGCAGCUCUGGGAGGCCUACUGCCAAGUUCGCUAUCUUUGCUCACACCUCCGAGGAAACGACAGUGCUGACUCGGCCGUCUCCACGGACUCCUCGAUGGACGAGUCUUCAGAAACCUCAUCUGCCAAGGAUGUGCCAGCCGGCAGCUUGCGCACUGCCCUCAGUGAGCUCAAGAGACUGAUACAGAGCAUCGUGGAUGGCGUGGAGCCCACGAGCUCUCGGAGGCUUGAUGAUGACUCCUUAGAAGAACAGAUAAGGCAGACCAGUGAGGAUUCGAGAGCUCUGAGGGAACUCAUGGAGGGAGAGAGGGGUAAACUGAGGCAAAGCCUCGAGGAGCUGCAGCGACUCCACAGUCAGGUUACAGUGCUGAGUGUGGAGAUGACUGCACUGAAGGAGGAGAGAGACCAACUCAGAGUGACAUCUGAGGACAAGGAACCAAAGGAGCAGCUUCAGAAGGCCAUCAGGGACCGGGAUGAGGCCAUUGCAAAGAAGAAUGCUGUGGAGCUGGAACUCGCCAAGUGCAAGAUGGACAUGAUGUCUCUGAACAGCCAGCUGCUGGAUGCCAUUCAGCAGAAACUGAACCUCUCACAGCAGCUUGAGGCUUGGCAGGACGACAUGCACAGGGUCAUUGACCGUCAGCUGAUGGACACGCACCUGAAGGAACGGAGCCCGCUCACGGCUGCCCUCUCCAAGGCCCACUGUGCGGGGCGCGGGGACGAGCCCAGCACUGCUGAAGGCAAAUGGCUCUUCUCAUUCUUCAGGAAAAUUUAAGGUGGGAGGAGUCAGGCCACAGAGGGAGGAUGGACUGGAGACUUCAACUAAAAAAGGGGGUGUGGGCACGUUUGCACGUCCCCAGGGCCAGGCUCGGCAGCUGUACUGCCUGCCCGCACUGAGCCUUGUCAUGAGAGGGCCUGCUCAGCCUCUGAAGGCUGCCCUUGUCAGAGGGACAGGCAGGAGCCGUCCCCACCCCCAGCCACGCCAGCCUGGGUUUCCCCAGAAUCUGCUGCUGUUGAGCAGGGCUCACGCUGCCUCCAGAGUGGCCCCUUAGGUGGGCGCUUCUGCUCAACCCAACAGAUUGCCACCCACCCCUCCCACGUCCAGCCCAGACACUGCUGCCCUCCUCUGUGGGAAUAUGGGGAACAGAAGAAAUGGAGGCCCUCCUCUGCAUGCCUCAGGGGGCCAUCACUGCCCCUAGCUGGCAAGUCACCAGGGCUGAGUCCUGCAGGGCACCAGGCUCAGGCCUGAGCCUCCAACCUACCCCACCACCACCACCACCACCCCACAACCAGCCCAGGGAGUCGGGAGGAGGAGGCUCCUCUCCCAUGUGCAUGCUCUGCCGGGAGCACCUCCGUGGGUAGGAGACCCGCCUGCUGGCCGGGGCUGUCCUCAUGCUCAGUCACGGUGGGCUCUACCAGGGCUUGACUGAGGCCAUCCCAAACCCAGGAGGAAGGGCCCUGCCCUGCAGCACCCCUGCUUUCCCUCCCUGGCUGCCUUCAGUGGUGCAUUUUUCUCCCUCCUGGGGUCGGCAGCCAGUGUGCUCACAGGCCCUCUGCAGGCUUUAGCCAUCCAGCCCUUAUCCUUCAUGGUACCAGGGCUGGGAGGUCUCCUCCUCCUCCUCCCCAGCCCCUGAUCCCCUCACACACACAAGUUCUUGGCUCAGCCAAGCCAAGCCAAGCCCAGGCCCCAGAGGGGUCUGCAGUCUGCCCCCUCCGCUGCAGGGGCAGCGUUGGCCCCAGGGGGCCAGUGCCUCCAGAUGCUGCCCUCCAGGCCUGUGGAAGGACGCGCCCUGCGGUUAACCUGCUGCUUCCUCGGCAGCCACUCCACCUUCUCUGCUGAGGCCCCAACACAGAGGCCCCCUGGGCUGAGCCAGCCCGCAAGCUACUUUUACAAAGAUCAUCUCCCUUCCGCACACGGAAAAGCACAGCAGGGAUGAGCGGAAAGAAUGUACCUGUAGAUAUGUACAUACCAAGUGCUGUAAUUUUGUAUGUAGCAAUUAUGUAAAUACAUGUAUGGAUUUUAUAAUAUACAUAUAUAUAAAUCUAUAAAGGCAUAUUUUUAGAAAAACAAACCACUGCUUCUUUUGAAAAUAGUCUUAAGAAUAAAAUGAAUUUCUACAGAG